CUUCUUUAAAUAAUUCCAACCCCAAUAUUUUUUAUUUAUUUUUCUUUUCUUCCGUUUUCAAUUUCUCGGUUAUUAAUUCCCGUUCCAUCUAGCCGGCGGCGCCGGUCUACUUACGUCACUAGAUUUCUCCCUCAGAUCCGUCAUUUCUCCUGUCAGGGCUGGUGUAUUCGAAAUUACUGUGAGUGGUUGGCAAUACGCAAUUUAUGGCUUGUUGGGUGCCCAGAUGAGCAGAACUGAUGUUAUUGGCAGUGGAAGGAGGAGGGUUCUUCUCUUCUUCAGCAUCUGGGUAUAGUAAGGGCCUGACCCUUCUUCUAUUGGGUCAGAAGAACAGAGAGGACAAACCCAUGAGAGUUUCCCCGUGGAAUCAGUACCAGUUGGUGGACCAAGAACCUGACCCUGACCUCCAGCUGGCUUCCGCCACCAAGAAUAGGCUUUCCCGCGGCUGCGCCUCCUUCAUUUGCUUUGGUUGCGCUUCCGCAGGACUUGACACCCCAUCACAUCUAAAAGUAGGGCCUACCCAGCACCAAGAUGGUUUGGCUGGACGUCUAGCCUCUGACCAGGGAAAAGAUCGAACAGUUGAUCUUGAAGAUGAAGAUGGUAUUGUAAGAAAGGUUUCUCUUAGGAGUAGCUUAAAGAAGCCGUUGAAUAGCGCUUCAGUUACUGUACAAAAUGUUAAUGAGCACGAGGAAGUGUGUGAAAAAGGUAGUGAUAUCCCUGGUCACACAGAAAGGAGAAAAGUUCAGUGGACUGAUGCUUGUGGCAGUGAACUUGCUGAAGUUAGGGAAUUUGAGCCCAGUGAACUGGGGGGAUCAGAUGGUGAAUUUGACCAUGGAAUGGAAAGAAGUUGUUCAUGCGCAAUCAUGUGAUUUGUUCUUGCCAACACCUGUUGUAGACUCAAAGUUUCUUAAAAUGCAGCAACACUUUAGGUAAAUUACUGCUAAUGCCAUUUAUUUGGUUUUUACACCUACUUGGAUUGAUUUCUGGAGACAGGAAAGCAAGUUUUUGAUCUCUAUAAAAGAAUGCACAAAGUAUAGGAGCUUCGUUUCUGGUCACUUUUGUUGGAUUGAUCAUUUGUGUCUAUAUUUAGUUGUUGAGGAUUUCAAUUUUGUCACUGGGAUUCACUUUGUUUUGGUAUAUUAUUCUUGUUAUCUCUAUUGUACUGGUUAUUUUUUCAUGGUAAGUAAGGUUUUAUAGUCUUA